ACGCCACGAUCCAACUAUGAAGAGAUCGCAACACAAUGCGACAGAACAGCCGUUUUCCACGCGUUUGGUGCCUAUCUGCUACGCGGUCACACCCUCUUCACAUUGCUUUUCCUGUCAGCUUCGAUCAUGAUUUUUACAAUUACUGUAGCCUACCACUGCCGCAUUCGCAGACAACAUGACUUCAUUCACAGCGGAUUACGAGAUCAGUCUCCUCAUCGACGUCGCGAAAAACUUUUCCACACGUUGAUUUUCUCAAUCGCGACGUUCUUCGUGUCGGUCUUGGGUCAGACCUACAUAGAAAUCGCUGUAUUCUGGGUAGAUGAUCGAGAAGAAGUGGCUCAUCUUUCGAAGUGGUACCAUAUUGCGCGUAUAGCCGCAUUUGUGGACCCAGUUCUGAAUCCGCUGAUCGUGGUCGCUCGAACUCCGGCUCUCAGGAGACAGCUUCGAGCUCAAUGGACAUCGCUGCGAUCGCACGCCUCUUCACGAACAACAAAGUCUCGUCGAAGUGGCAGCGACAGACCUUCACUUCGCCGUAAUAAUUCGCAACGAAAUCGAUGUGACGUCGAAGUGAAGCUGAUCAAGCCGGAUCGACCGGUG